AUGGCUGACGCAGGAGGGUAAGCUUUUCAUUCACACUCAAACUUUCUCCCUGGAAAAAGCACGGGUAAAUUCAUGUUGAAAAAUCCUCGAUUUUUCGAAUUUCAAAGUGCGAUAUGACUCGUUCCUCUGCCACACGUGUGCUUGACUCAAAAAGCGUGGGUUCCAAAGACGUUCGAACAAUUCAUCAAAUAAUUCCUGUCCCAAAAUGAACCCCGAGAGUUUUUAAUAAUAAAUUCAUUUUGUUUCAGAGAUGAUGUCCAAGUGGCUCCAGCCGUUGUUGCUACCGGACCAAUGGAUAAGGAGGCUGCUUUGAGAGCUGUUCUCCGCGCCGCUCACCACGCUGACGGACUCGCCAAGGGACUCCACGAGACCUGCAAGGCCCUCGACAAGUAAGUUUUAUUCAAAAUCAGAAGAAGAACACAUCACCCACGUUGAAAUUUUGAGAAUAUCAGGUUUCUGAUAAUUCAUAAAACAUCUUGGAAUAUAAAUAGUUCCUCUGCCACAUGUGUGCUUGUUUUAAAAGCAUGGGUUCCAAAGACGUUCGUACAAUCUCCAUUUUCUUUCAGACGUGAGGCCCUUUUCUGCGUUCUCGCUGAGAACUGCGACGAGCCACAAUACGUCAAGUUGGUCGAAGUCUUGUGCAGCGAGCACAACAUCCCACUCGUCAAGGUUGCUGACAAGAAGAUCAUCGGCGAAUACUGCGGACUCUGCAAAUACGACAAAGAAGGAAAAGCCCGCAAGGUUGUCGGAUGCUCAUCGGCUGUUGUCAAAAGCUGGGGAAACGAGGAGCAAGGACGCGCUGUGCUCACCGAGUACUUCAACUCCAGACAAUAA